AUCGAAAGCAGCAAACUUGAUUUUUCAUGUCUUUUUGUUUUUUCUUUUCGUUAACCUGUAUGUAAAUAAAUAACACACUCCAUGUCAAACAAUUUACUGUCAUUGUCAACAAAUUUCUUGUUUAUAGUUGAAGAACUAGAUGCCAGCAGUUUCUUUGAAAUUCGAGUUUCUGGAACAAUAGAUCUUCGUUCACAUCAUGCUCACUUUUCUUUACUCAAUAACAUCAAACAAAGCCAAAGCGGCUGCUUCAAUAGUAUUAAUCUGAAUCAUUGUUGUAAUCUAUCCGACGAUCAUGACCCUGCUGGAGUAGUUCUCCAACGAAAAAAAAUAGCCGAAACACCUUUGUGGAAAGGAGUUUUCCACGCGCACACCUUGUCAGGCUUAAUACAACUUCUAUUCCUACACUACUCUACUCCUUCUACUCUCGAUCUUGUCGCACGAAGAGAUGGAAAACAAUCUUCAUCGAGCAUUUUUUUAGAUCGACCGGAGCUGCGGUUCCGAGGUUCCA